AUGCCUCUUGGCACUCUAAAGGGGCAAGCAAGCCUCACCUGCAUGGGCAGGAGUCUUAUCAAGUGGGGUUGGGUCGGGAUUGGGGGAUUGGCUGCCUUUAAUAAGGUGGAGAAUGAGGUGGAGAAAGGGGUGGGCCAUGUGGAGAAGCUGAGGAAGUGGCUCGAAUAUUGGAGAAAGAAGAAGAAUGCCAAAGCUGAGGGGGGGAACUUACAGUUACUUAACUGGCAAGGUCACAAUACUGACUGGGUUACACAGGCUCCUACUACUAUGGUUUGGCUUGUAUCCCUCAAACUGCUUUUGCCCUCACCUCCCUCCAAAUUGCCUGCCACUGGAUUUACUUGGUGCCAGAUUUGUUUGACACCAGAUUCAUUUGACACCAGAUUUGUGUGGCACCAGAAUCAGACUCUGGGUCUAGGGUGGCAGUCUAUGAUGCAAGCUCCCAUGCACCUCAGACAAACACCUGAUAUCCACCCCACUGAUGACCCUAAUCAUCAAAAUUUGGCCUGUGCACACUACCAGAUAGGACCCUAUCUGUUUGAAUGCCUGUCUUUUUUCCUAAUUGUGACAUUCACAUGUGAGAAUGUCACAAUCUCACUCUCAUUACUUCUCACCACAUGCAGCUGGAUCCACAAUGGUUUGAAUAUAUGCCAGGCAGAAUGUGUGGCAUUCAUGUUGUUGAACAGGCAUAAUGAGCAUCCUGAAAAUUGGGGGAAAAUAUUCACAAGGGUAUCUAUUGAUCUUAUUGCUCCAGAUGACAAGCUGAUGUACCAAUAG